GUGCUGUUUACACUCAACUAUUACUACACAAUUUUCAUCCUCCCAAGCAGAAAUACGCGUGAAUUACAAUGCCAAGAGCACCUAAAUCUAGCAAAAAAAAGGAUCCUAAUGCACCAAAGAGAAACAUGUCGGCGUUCAUGUUCUUUUCGAUUACUAACAGAGAAAAAGUAAAGAACGAAAACCCUGAUGCUUCGUUUGGGGGCAUUGGUUCUCUCUUAGGAAAGAAGUGGAAAGAAUUGCCAGCAGAUAAGCGCAGGCCUUACGAAGAAAGAGCACGCGAAGACAAAGAUCGCUAUGAACGGGACCGCAGCGAUUAUGACAAUAAAAUCAUCAACGAAGCAAAGAAAAACGCCAAGAAGGAACAAAGCGACGAAAAAGAGGAUUAAUAUUAUAUUCAUUACCGGUUAUAAUUUAUUGUAUAAUUUUCCCUUGCUUUUUUAAUGAACUCUAUAAUCAAUUCAUCUUAGACUUUUUUUAUUUCCUAUUGGUCCUACAUGGCACUUUAGAGCAUAUUUUACUUGCUUUGUUUGUUUAUAUUUCAUCUUCUUCGCGUUUCUUUGUGCCGAGUACUCAAUAUUGUCCGGAAAAUGUUUUUACCCUAAAUGAAUGAAUGACCGACAUUCUGCAAUUUUUUCAGAUUAUUUCGAUUUGUUGCUGUUUUGUUUUCUUUUUUUCCCAUGAGUUUGAAUAAUUCAUUUCACUCGUUAACUUUUUACGAUUUGCUUACAGAUUUUAUGUGAAUAUUGCUCCCUGAAUGUUUAUAUUAAUUUAGUUUUUAUGCUUCUAAUGAGUAAUGUUUCCUUCAUUUUCUCCUACUAUAAAGAAUCUUCAAUGAAAAUAACCAUUACAAUAUACGUACUGC